AGGCCCAUAUGUGGGUACUAAAUUCCCGAUUUGGAUAUUAUUGCUGUUUUCGCUGCAAUAACAUUUAGAAGUUGUCCCUUUUCAGGUUUAUAAAAAGUGACUAGUAAAUGCUAACUCCCGUUUGUAUAAGCAGGUUAGCAUAGSGAGCACACAGAAAUUGGUGGUGUAGUCAAAGUCGUUUUAAACUGUAAUGCAGUUGAUUGAUGACAUGAACAUGUAUUGGGGUUGACCUCCAUACAAACAUAUAGUGUGAAAUACACAUAAACAACAGCCUAAAUGUAGGCUGAUUUUGCUGGGGGGCAAUGAGGAGAUUCGGGAUGGAGAUUCAGGUGGGAAAACGGUGCAUCCUUUUUACUUCAUGCUAUUUUGGCUGAGCUCCUAUGUCAAGCACCUGGAAACGGACUCCAACAACUCAGAAGAGCCUUAAACCUGUGCCAGAACCGUGAAAUCUGAUGUUCCAAAAUGCCUCAUAAACUCCUCAAGUUACUCCUGGGAAGUUACCAGUGGCUGGCCAGUUACUGGCCCGUCCUUAUGCCGAGGGGAAUCCGCCUGUACACAUUUGAACAGAUCCCGUUAUUCAUGAAAGAAAACCCAUACAUUACAGAUGGAUACAGAGCCCGUUUACAAUCCAAACUUUGUUUAAAAAGCAUCUUUGUGCUGUCCAAUGAAACAGUCAACAUAUGGACUCAUCUGUUGGGCUUCCUCCUGUUCUUCCUACUGGGGGUGAAUGACAUGUCUACAGUCCUGCCGGCUUCAGGUGCCAACAGAGAAGACUAUGUCAUCUAUUGCAUAGCACUCUUCUGCUUUCAGGUGUGUAUGCUGUGUUCUGCAGGGUAUCACAUGUUCUCCUGCCACCUCUCAGAGAAGACGUGUCACCGCUGGUUGGCGCUGGACUUCGUUGGAAUCUCUGUGGGAAUCCUGGGCUGUUACAUUCCAGGGGUCUUCUAUGCCUUCUACUGCAUCACUUUCUGGAGACAGGUGUACCUGGUGACUGCUCUAGCGUUGAUAUUGGCCGUGUUCUUAGCUCAGAUCCACCCUCACUACCACUCUAAGGAGUGGCGACACCAGCGUACUGCCCUCUUCUGCUCCGUGGCUGGCUACGGGAUCAUCCCCGCCGGCCACUGGGUCUGGCUCAAUGAAGGCCUCGGCUCAGCUGUCGUCCAGUUGUUCCUCCCUCGUGUGAUUGUGAUGUAUUUGAUAGCUGGAGCUGCGUUCCUCUUCUACAUCUCUAAAAUCCCAGAACGCUGCUUCCCAGGUCAGCUGAACUAUCUGGGAGCCAGCCACCAGGUGUGGCAUGUCCUGGUAGUGUUUAUGUUCUACUGGUGGCACCAGACUGCUGUGUAUAUAAUGAACUUCAGACACAACCAGCCAUGCCCUCCUCUCUACACCAAUAGUGGCUAGCUGGAGCCACACAGACUAGCAUCCAGCCACCAAGCAACCACAGCCUGUACUGUAGCCACUCAAUGCAAUCAAACCAGAC